GAGUAUUAAAAGCUUUGAUUCAUUUCCUUUCCAAUGUCGGAGAGGAAACGUCUGGGUGAAUGUGUACCUGUUAAUUUCCUUCUUUUUUUGAAAUAAUUUUUGUAAUGAUAUUGCGAAAAAAAUGAAAUUAGAAGCGAUGGAGAAAGAAGAAACGUUUAAAACAGGUCCCUUGUUUAUUCCACCUCAAAGUUUUCUUCGGAAAAACUGGCAUAAAAAGUUUUGUGCCUUGUACAAAGCUAGUAAUCAUGGAAUACAAAGAUUGGAAAUAUUUGAUAAUGAAGACAACUUUUACAGACAGACUUCAUAUAAGAUCAUUCCAUUAACAGACUGUGUUAAAGUAACAAUUCUGCCACAGAAACAUCAACCUAAUGUUUUUGAAGUUCGAACAAAAAGUCACACUUACCAAUUUUCAGCAGACACCUUCCAAGAAAUGACUGACUGGUUAUCUGCUCUUCAAACUGUAUCAUUUGGCUUAUCUCGUCAAAUAUCUCUUAGUUCACAAACAUUAGAUGGUGGAUUAGAAAAACGUCAGUGUGUUGUGCAGCAUGAAGAAAACAUGUUGUAUAGUUCAGUCGAUACUCAAGUGUAUGGUAUAAAAAUGAUUGAUACAGAAGCAUCACUUCGUUGUGGUCUUCAAGGAGAAUUUUAUUUGGUAGUUACUUCUGUUAGUAUUUCAUUAGCUGAAGAAGCAGCCCAAGGCAGAAUUGGCAAAGUAGUAUAUACUUGGCCAUACCGUCAUAUUCGUCGCUAUGGAUGCAGCAAAGACAGUUUUUCAUUUGAAGCAGGUCGUAAAUGUUCCUCAGGUGAAGGACUAUUUUGUCUUAUUUCUAAAGAUGCUAGUGCAAUUUUCCAAAAUGUUGAUACACAUGUUAAUUCUUUGAAAGCUUCACAGUCUGAAAUUGAUUUACAAGCUAGUCCAAGUCCUAGCAUUGAUAAAAGUAAUGCUAUGUUUUUUAAUAAGCAAACAUUCAGUGGUUCUCAAUUGUCACCAUUAGUUCGAAGAAAAGCAGAUGACACAGAUGAAAAAUUGCGCGAGUCAAGUAUCAUUGAUGAGAAAGUUUCAAGUGAUGAUUCAAAAAUUAAAUAUGAUAAAAUGAACAGCCAAGAGGAAGACAAAAGAAUCUCUUCAAAACCACCUUUUGCCAAACCACCAAGAAAAAGCAAACUCAAACCUGAAAAUAAAAGUGCACACAAUUCUUUGGAAGAUACUUCAAUUAAUUCACUCAACAGACAAAGCCUUUCCUAUUAUACUUCAGAGCAUUUAUAUGAAAAUCCUGCAAAUAUUGAGAAAAAAAUGCAGACAGAUAUUCUUUAUGAUGAACCGGAAGAGAGAACUGAAGCGUGGAAAACACACGGUAGAAAUGUUGAAGAUAAUGAAAUACAUCCUACACAAGAAGAACCCGAAUAUGCCAUUUUAGAAGAAAUGGAAAUUAAACAGAAAAAUCUGAUUUCCUCAUUGAAUGAACAAUUGAUACAACUUCAAAUUUGUAGCAAUGAAAUUACUAAUACAGCAUUUUCUGAACAUGCAAAUGACACAGACGGUUAUGAUCACCUUGCUCUAAAAAGAUAUCAACCAACAAGGUUUUCUAAUAUUCCAUCAAAUAAUUAUCAUGUUUAUGGAAAGUUAAUGACUACUACAAGUAGUACAAAUGCUCCUGAAAAUAGUGAAAGUGAUAUCGCACAUUAUUCCAAUCUUCCAAGUUUGGUGAAUCCAAUAGCCAAGAAAGAAAAAAGUCAGGAACUGAAACAAGUGAGUGAAAUUGGUGAUUAUGAGAACGUAAUCAGAAAUGAGUCAAAACAUACUGUUGCUGAACAACCAUAUGAAGCCACUUUGCAUCAUUUUAUGCAGAAUGAUGCAGAAUAUGCACAGGUUGUGAAAAAGAAAUGAUUCAUAUUUUUUUAAACAAAAUAUCAUAUGCUGAGCACUUUUAAAAACAAAUAACUUGCUAUUAUCAGUAUUAUAAAAGUUUUCUCAAUUUUCAACUGUGUGUGAAUACUAAUAUAAUUUUUUUAAUAUUAAAAUAUAAAUCUUUGUUUUUUGAAAUAUUUCAUCUUCAGCCAAAGUUUAUAAAUUAAUGGAGGUAAUUGGAUUAUCUCUCUCAUUCCUUUGGAGUAGCUUUGGAAAAUCUUGUAUUCACUGGUAUUAUUACAAUUUGCUUUGUAUUUUAUUGAAUUCUUAAUGCUGUUUUUAACUUCUCAAUCAUUCAGGGA